AUCCAAAGCCAAAGAGCUGCCUGGAGAGAGAGGGAGGGAGGGAUGGGGGAAAAAGUGGAGAGGAAGAGGCUGAGCAGCGAGGCGGCGGGGAAAAUUUGCGGUCGUCUCUGCCUCCUGGACGACCUUUACUUCCCCAACGCCAUCAGUCGCCAGGACGGUCCCAUCGACCCCACACAGCGGAGGGACAUUCUCCUCGACCUCCUCUCCUCCGAUGCCGCCGUCUUCCUUGAGAGAUAUGGAUUACGGUUGAACAAUGAAGAACUCGCGGAGUUUGAGUGCUUGAGAGGUGAUUAUGAAGUCAACUGGCAUUUGAAGCAACUUCGAAGUGCAAUUAGUCCUACCUUAGAAGAAAAGCACUUGCGAUCUGUGACAGUAAAGAAUAGAAGGCGAGCAUUCUUGGACAAGCUUAUUCACGAUGGGCAGUAUUUCUCUGAGGAUGCCAUGAGAGAAAGGGAGCCAUAUCUGCACCAUGAGUAUGUUGGGAAGUUUCAGGAUCCUGUAGGUCGGGGUAUGUCUCGCCCAGGAGAGCGUUGGUCAGAAACUUUGAUGCGUCGAGCUGAAGAAAACAUUAUUACUGCAGAGAUAAGGAAAGAGCAAGAAAGAUUAGGUGUUCCUAAGAAGGACUGGGUUGGUCCUAAGGAAGAGGAGGAAGUGGAAGAAGAAGAAGAAGAAGAAGAAGAGGAGUCAGAUGAGGAAAUGGAAGUAGAUAAAGGAAGGGUUGCCUCUGCCAGUGUAAAGUUACAGGUGGAUGAGGAGGCAUGCAAUAGUUCUGCAUCGGCUGGUGAAGAGCACCUUGAGGAAGAAAUAUCAGCAGUGGAGAUGCAAGACAGGAUGGACCAGUUUACGCGCAUCAUGCAGCAGAAGUUAUUAUCUGGUGAAGACACACAUUUAGACUACACCAAGAUUGAUGAUGAUGUGACACUUGAUGACCACUGGAUGAAGGAAGUCACAUAUGAUGCCGAAGAGAAGUACUUUGCAGAAGACUAAUGAUUAGAUGUUCGAUAUCUAUAGACUAUAGAUUAUAGUGGGUGCAUUUCAUUGUUGCAUUUGAACCAUCUUUUGCACUUGUAACCAUCCCUACAAAAUUUCCUUGUCCUUCCAGUAGGGAUUUCACUUUUGUAUAGAAACUCACUGUUACUGUGGUCUUGUUUGGUAAGUUUCAUCACCUUGAGCAUCAAGAUGUUCUUCACCUUAGCAGUUCAGAAUGUCAGGUUAACUAGUUCAUGUUUGUUGCCCCAUUCUCAAAUCAGGUGAAGAUGAUGUGCCUUGUUUUUGGAGAUCCUGUGUAAAUUUUUAGUUGCAAAAAAGGAUUUUCCAUGAGAAAUGCA